UCUUCUAAAAAGAAAUUGCUUUUUUGUUAGCAAUCUAAAUGGUACAGGUCAAAGAACCUUUAUCUUUCUGCUGACACUCACGUAAAGAUCAAUGAACGAGGUGCAUUGACCUUGAAAGUGAAAGCUUUUGCUGCGAGGACGGUGAAAGACAGAAGCUCAUAUAGGCUGCAUAAGACACACCGAAGACAUGGAGCCAGGAUCGACUGUCGGUGUUGUGAGGAGCCAGAGGGUUUUGUGUGGAGAGGAAAUUCGACCCGCGGUUAUCAUAAUAAAGGAAGGAAAGAUUCAUAGCAUUCUGCCAGAUUCAGAAGCUACAGCGCACACAGCUGGAAAGGUAGUGGAUGUGGGGAACAGUCUGAUAAUGCCAGGUAUAGUGGACUGUCACGUGCAUGUUAAUGAACCUGGCCGGACCUCCUGGGAAGGGUACUGGACCGCCACACGAGCAGCUGCUGCUGGAGGAGUCACCACUAUCGUAGACAUGCCUCUAAACAGCAUCCCACCCACUACGACUCUUAGAAACUUUCAUGAGAAGCUGCAUGCUGCUACAGGACAGUGUUUUGUAGACACGGCAUUUUGGGGAGGAGUCAUUCCUGGAAACAAGCUGGAGCUGAGGCCGAUGGUUCACGCCGGCGUUGCUGGAUUUAAGUGCUUUCUGAUUCACAGCGGGGUGGAUGAGUUUCCUCAUGUGAGCGACGCUGAUCUGCAUGCAGCUAUGAAACAGCUCCAGGGCACAGGCAGCGUUCUGCUGUUUCAUGCAGAGAAAGAAGUCCAGCAUGCAGCUGCUGAGAAAGGGGAUCCACAAGAAUAUUCCACCUUCCUAAAGACCAGGCCUGACAUUAUGGAGCUCGAGGCCAUCCGUACCGUCACUCAGCUCUGCUUACAAUAUCAAGUAAGAUGCCACAUUGUGCAUCUGUCAUCAGCCCAGCCUCUGGAGCUCAUUAGGGCAGCAAGAAAGGCUGGAGCUCCACUGACUGUAGAGAGCACCCAUCACUACCUCAGCCUGUGUGCAGAGGACAUUCCAGCACGUGCAACUCAGUUUAAAUGCUGCCCCCCGAUACGAGACACAGCCAACCGGGAGCUCCUAUGGUCUGCACUCAAAGCUGGUGAUAUUGAUAUGGUUGUGUCCGAUCAUUCGCCAUGCACACCUGACCUAAAGUGUUUAAACAGUGGUGAUUUCACACAGGCGUGGGGAGGGAUCUCUUCUCUGCAGUUUGGUUUAUCUUUGUUCUGGACAUCAGCUUCUAAAAGAGGGUUUUCAUUUUUCGACGCAGUAAGACUCUUGUGUAAAGAGCCUGCUCAACUCUGUCGCCUUGACGACCGAAAAGGGAGUCUCGUUCCAGGUCACGAUGCAGACUUAGUCAUCUGGGAUCCAGAAAAAGAGUUUACGGUGAACGAAGAUAACAUACAUCACAAAAACAAGUUAACACCGUACCUUGGUCUUGUUCUGCGAGGGAGGGUGAAGGCCACUGUAGUCCGCGGGAAGGUGGUUUAUAGUCAUGGCUCUUUCAGUUCUCAGCCUCUGGGAAAGCAUCUCUUUAUCCAGCACCAGACACCAUCCUCUUUGUAAACUAAGCACAUUAAGCACAUUACAUUAUCUCAUAUUACUUAGCAUUAUCAGCAUGUGUUACAGUAAAAAUGGUGCCGUGUGGCAUGUAAUUUUAGAGUAUAAUUUAUGUAAUUGAUUGUGAAGUAGUGUGGUAUAUUGAAAAAUGGAUUGGGUAACACUUUGCACAAAUAAUGUAAACAAACAGUAACUACUACUACUACUAAAUUAAACUAUUUUAAUGGGAAAGUCCUUCCAAAAAAGAACAUUUUGUUAUUAUUUACUAUAUUUGUAUAUUAUUUACAUUUCAAACCCAUAUGACUUUCUUUCUUUUUUCUAUGGAAGAUAAAAGAAGUUAUUUUAAAUAAAGAUCAGUUAUGUCUUGGAGCUUUUGGAUCACGUUAUUAAGCUGAUUUCUGAACCAAUUAAAAUUUCUUAGACGCCCAAAAUACAGAGUUUACACAAUAGUAUGCAUUAAAAUAUGAAUGUGAUGAAUUUUUGUUUAUGUGUUAAUUAAUAAUAAGUUAACAUAAUUUGGUUAAUAAACAUGCUCUACUUUAUAUGUAAGUUUCUUCAGGAAAUAAUAGAAGUAACUAAUGUUUAACCCAGGUUAAAAAAUUGUGAUUUUAAAGUUUAAAGUGAAUGAUUUACAUGUAAAAAUACAUUAUUAAUAA